AGUUUAAAUCAUAUGAAUCCUCUGACACAAUAAGCAAAGUGCAAAGACAAUAAGCAAGGUGGUUUAGUGAGUGGGCCUAUUGUUAGGUUAGGUUGAAGUAGGUCUAAUCUUUUUUUUUUAGCUAAGUGGUCCGUCGUCUGAAAAAGUUUAAGAAACACUGGCCUAGGGCCAAAAUGCAUUUGCAUAUAAGCAUGAGUCGCUUGCAGUGACAGGGCAGGAAUUAACCCUGUGAUUCAGUAUGCAGUGGUAAGGUGAUCUGAGUGUGUCACAAGUGGUAGUGCAAAUAAGUCCAAGGGUGCAGGGAUAAAGUCUAGAGACCAGCAUUAAAUACGGACAAUAUAAGAGAAAACUGUAAACAUAGUAAUAUAAGAAUUAUAGCAGUGCAAGGCUAUAGGUUUGAAGUAAUAGGGUGCAGGCUAAGUCCAACAGUGCAAGGGACAGUCUAGAGACCAGCAUUAAGGGAAACAUGUAAACAUAACAUAAAUAGCUGUGCAAGGAUAGGUUUGAAGUAAUAAGUGAACUAAUAAUUGUCAAACUGAAUUCAUGAUAUGACAGGACUAGCCUACUUUAAAUGGUGACGUUUCCUAUAAAACUAAUCAUAGCCUACAUAACGUGAGGUUUAGUCCGAUUGUCACAGUGACCAGCAGGCUGCUGCUUCAAUCGCACCGCGUUGCAUGCUGGGCAAAGUGAACCUGCAAUUCCUGUGUUAUGCCGGGUAUUUUUCUGUCGGUCUGAGGUAAUUGAAGCCUGUAUUGUUCAGAAUGGCGUUAACUCUGUUCGAACGUUUACAAUCAUGGAUACUGCGCACAAUUGUAAGGAUGCUCAAUGGGGUUUUAAUGCUAACUACGUCCCAUCGAAAGUCUGACGGGUCUGCGCGACUCCCAACAAUCACCAACCCACUUUUGACGGCAACGGCGAUGCAACUCGCUCGCAAGAUUCGUCGUAAAGAGGUCACAAGCGUGGAGGUGGUGCAGGCCUACAUUGACCGAAUCCAGGAAGUCAACCCUAUAAUAAACGCUUUGGUGAAGGACCGCUUUUCGGCUGCAUUACAGGAGGCCUCUCAAGUGGACAAGCUCAUUGAGGAGGAGACCGGAGGAGAGGAGGUGCUAGAGGACCGACUCCCCCUGCUGGGAGUUCCAUUUACUGUCAAAGAGGCUUUUGCUUUACAGGGUAUGCCAAAUUCCACAGGGCUGGUCUCCAGGAAAGAUGUAAUUUCGCCCAAUGACGCUCCGACUGUGGCCCUGCUGAAGAGAGCUGGAGCCAUCCCCCUGGGUGUGACCAACUGUAGUGAGCUAUGCAUGUGGCUAGAGUCUCACAACCACCUGUAUGGUAUCACCCGAAACCCCUACGACUUAGGGAGGAUAGCUGGAGGAAGCUCUGGAGGAGAAGGAAGUAUUUUGGGGGCUGGUGGCUCUGUUAUUGGUCUUGGUUCAGAUAUUGGGGGAAGCAUACGCAUGCCGUCUUUUUUCAAUGGCAUCUUUGGGCACAAACCUACCCCAGGAAUCGUUCCCAAUGAGGGGCAGUACCCGCCUGCCUCUGGGCAGCAGCUGGGGUUUCUCUGCACCGGCCCCAUGUGCCGCUAUGCUGAUGAUCUGAUACCCAUGCUGAAGAUCAUGGGAGGCUCCAACACAGAGAGGCUGUGUUUGUCAUCUGAGGUUGAUCUGAAGACCUUAAGAUUCUUUUCAGUCCCACACAACGGCGGUUCUCCCUUGGUGUCUCCAGUGGAUCCACAACUUGUUCAAGUGCAGAGGAGAGUAGUAGAGCACCUCGAGGCUGAGUUGGGGGUCAAAGUUCAAAAAAUAUGUAUCCCUCAGCUGAAAUACUCCUUUCAGAUCUGGGGUGCGAUGAUGUCAUGUCCUGGAAAAGAUGGAAAGACACCAACCGCCUUUGCUGAACUCAUGGCAGACAGAGGUAGUAGAGUAUGGCCUUUGUGGGAGCUCUUCAAGUGGAUGCUUGGACUGUCCUCUCACACCAUGGCUGCCAUAGGCUUGGCGUUAGUGGAGAUGUUCCAGAGCUCGCGGCCAUCGUCCUUCAUUCUGAAGCAGAGGGAGACGCUGCAGAGGGACCUGGAGGAGAUUCUGGGUACAGAUGGUGUGCUGCUGUACCCCUCGCACCCCCACUUAGCUCCACAGCACCACCACCCACUCCUCACACCUUUCAACUUCUCCUACACUGGUGGGCCUUCACAUCAUGCACUCCAUGCAUUAUGUUUGUGUUUAUGGUAUUUAGCACUGUGCAUCUUCAACAUACUAGGUCUCCCGGUGACCCAGUGUCCAUUGGGGCUCAGUAACGAGGGGUUGCCUCUUGGAGUGCAGUUGGUAGCGGGGAAAAUGCAGGACCGAAUCUGCUUAGCCACUGCAACGUAUCUAGAGAAAGCCUUUGGAGGCUGGAGGGACCCAGGCAAAGGUUCAGUAUCACCCAGCCCCAGAGCACCUUAGACACAGACAUGUCACAAUGGCACUAAGUUACAAAAUAUUGGUCAGUGUUUACUGUCAAAUAAACUUUGCUCAUAAAAUUCUGGAUUUUCAAAAUUAAUGUAACUUGUGAAGGAAUGGAAUCGUAUGUUUGGUGAUAUCAAUAAUGUAUAAUUCUAUAUUUGUGUAACCAUAUCAAUAAAAAGGUCUUGUACAAUGUAA